GAUAGGUGGCGUUGUGAUUCAAAAUGAAAAAUGUUUGACGAUUAUUUUAUGAAAAAUAUGAUUAAACUUUUUAUUAUAUGAAUGAGAAAAUAUGCAAUAUAAUUUAUUAUUAGUUACGGCGGUAAAUAAAAGAUUGAUUAAUCAUCUGUAUCAACAUGAAAACAGGUUGCAAUCAAAGACAUUAUGACGAAGGAGAUAUAUUCAGUACAGACAGGGGUAUCACAACACAGGCUUUUCUAUACACUCAACAAAGGCAGUAUGGCAUUCACAAACCAAAUCCAAAACCUCUUGUUGCUGACUUUGCAUCUCAGCAAAUACCAAUGGUGCUUAAAGAAAGAGAAUAUACAUUAGGAACUAUUAAUAAAAUAUUUGCUUCCAAAUGGCUGAAUGAAAGACAAGUUGUGUUUGGAACUAAAUGCAACCAGUUAAUAGCUUUAGAUUUAUUGAAUAGCCAGUUAACCCGCAUUCCUACCUUAAAGAGUAGUGAAGAUAGCAUACCAGCAGAUUGUCCUUGUGGUAUACACAGUGUGGCUGUUAAUCCGUCCCGUACACUAUUAGCUACUGGUGCUAGUAAUACUAAUGAUAUUGCUGUUUAUAAAUUACCCACCUUUGAUCCUGUCUGUGUUGGUGAGAAUGCCCAUGAUGAUUGGAUAUUUGAUCUGGUGUGGGUAGAUGAUGAGUUUUUAAUAUCGGGAUCUAGAGACAGUCGACUAGCUUUAUGGAAAAUAGAUUCUGCAGAAGAUGAUAAAUCCUCGCGAAUGACCAAUCUUUUUAUUCCUGAAUAUGAUAUUAAAAAACCACUAGAAAUUUGUGAUGUACCUAAAGCUCAGAAAGUUAGAGCUUUAGCUUACCAUGUAAAUAGAAAGGAGUUAGGUAUUUUAUCUUUGAAUGCUUAUUUUCACUUAUGGGAUGUAGAAACAUUUCAACUUAUAAACAGUAGAAGAUUAUCUCACUAUAAAGAAUGUGUUUGUAUGACUGUAAGUGAAGAGAAGAAAUUGUAUGCUAUAGGUUCACAGUCUCAUGUUACAUUAUUAGAUCCACGUAGUCCAGUUGCUAAUCCUCAAACAGUUCCGUCUAAACACAGAGACAGAGGUAUACGAUCAGUAUGUUUUAAUAGUGAUAUUAUUAGUAUAGGUACUGGUAUAGGAUAUAUGUUAUUUUAUGAUCUACGAGCGAAUAAAUACUUAGAACAUGGUUGUAAACAUUCUUUAUCACUUAAUGUGAGCAAAGGUUGGUUGAGAUUAGAUGAUAAUUUUAGAGAUUUUUUUAUUGAUCAGGAAUAUCCAAAUGCUAUUUAUACACAUAGUUAUGAUGAGAGUGGAACACGAUUAUUUGCUGCUGGUGGUCCCCUGCCUGCAGGGUUGUGGGGAAAUUAUGCUGGAAUGUGGUAUUAAUAUGUGUUUAAGUUAAGACAUUAAUAUACUGCUGUUAUGGCAGCUUAUAUAUGAAUAGACGGUAACUGUGAUGACUUUUAAUUAAACCACAACAAUAGUGAGACGCAAUGAAAACACACCAAUGAUUCAACAGGAAGGGUUAGUGAAACAUAAAAAAAAAUGACACAAGAUAAUCAACGACAAUCCAUGGAAGCCAUAUAACAAAUUUACUGUACGAUAAAACGUAGGUGCUAGGGGUAUAAAAUCAAAAGUCACAAACAUGUGACAUCACCUCUAGCAGCCACAUACGCAUGCAAUGUUGCCAGAUGUACAGGAGAUAACCCUCUGAAUGGCUGCAUCUAGGAUCCUUCUCCAUUCUCAAUGCAAUGCUACUUCCACUCCAGUGUCUCUGGUACGCAUGGCAACUUGAUUUAAUAAAAUGAUGCACUCUCACUGUUCAGGUGUUAACCUUGGCAUAUAAUUACAUCUUCCACUUAACUAUAGGAGUUGUACGUACCCAAUCUUUGUAAAACCCAUGUCUGCACCAUAAAUUAGUGAAUUUUAGCAUUCCCAUUCUGUUGAAUUAAAUUUCUUGUGUUUUGAGGAAGUUAUUGUGUGUUAUGUUCACACAAUCUGUAAAAACAUCAUUCUCGUAUGUUAUCGACCUGAUCUGAUGUUGUUACAUUUUCAAUUGCAAGAUUAAACAAAAGUUUGUCUUAUCAAACAAGAUUUAUAAUUGCCCAUUUAUAAAAUUAGUGCACUUUUAUUGCGUCUCUGUAUAUUAGUAGACAUUCUUAAGCUUACAUACAGGAAUAAAUGGAAACUGUGAUGACUUUUAAAAAAAAAAAACCACAACAGUUUAUAUAAUGUUAGUAGACUGGGGUCAACAUUGUUAAAAGUCAUCAUUCUUAGUGUGACUCGUGCCAAGAUUUUCAUUAUUAAAUGACUGUUAUAACCAAAGUAAAUCUUGUGCAAACCUGGUAUAUUUUAUCUUAUCAAUAUUUGCUUUUCAGAUAUAAUUCAUGCUUUCUAAGCAUCUUUUCCAUUUUUGUAUGCCAACAUUGAAAUAUAUUCGUGUUGCCCAUUUUGUAUGUUCCAUUUGAAUUUUAACUAAACUUAAACACACAAUUUUUUAUGACUUAAUAAAAUGUGACUGUAAAAAUACUGUCACCUAUGAUCUGUAUGUUUACUUUAGUGAGACAAAGAAGCUUAUCGAAUUUCUUGCAUUACCUAUAAAAUCUACAAAGUUAUUGUCCAUAGGCCAUACCCAUUUUCAUGUGGACGUAUAUUGUCGUCGCCCCUGUCCAUCCACAAUUGUUUGUUCACAAUUUUUAUCCGAUUUCACGUUUUUAGCUUGUGGACCCCAUAGAGGUCACAAUUUUUGUCUGAUUUAAAAAAAUGUUUGAAUAUAUUACCGUUACACCCUAAGGAUGGUUGAGUUCGAAUUUCGUAAAAACUGACGAACAAAAUGGCCGCCCCUCGUUCGCAAAUAGUGUCAAAGUAUUGUGUAUCAGUGUUGUGGACCCUCUGGAGGUCACAAUUUUCAUCUGAUUUUGAUGACACUUGAAAUGCAUAUUUAUAACCCACAGAUCUCGGUUCCUUUCUAUUGUACAUAUCGAAAUGUAACUUCCUGAAUUAUGGCCCCCGAUUGUACUAAAAAAGUAUGUGUUUUGUUGUUAAUUAUUAUCCGAUUUAAAAAAUGUUCGAAUACAUCACUGUUACACCGUAAUUUUGUCUGAGUUGGAAUUUCAUGAAAAUUGGACCAAAACUGCCAGACAAUAUGGCCGCCCCUCGUACACAAAUAGUGUAAACAUCUGGUAUAUCAAAGUUGUGGACCCUCUAGAGGCCACAAUUUAGAUCCGAUUUUGAUGAAACUUGAAAUGUAAGUUUAUAAUCCAAAGAUAUCGGUUCCUUUCAAUAUUCGCGGAUAUUGAAACGUAACUUCCUGAAUUAUGGCCCUGAUUGUAUGAAAAAUCGUGUUUUUAGCUUGUGGUCUCUCUAGAAGUCACAAUUAUUAUUUGAUUUAAAAAAACGUUCAAAUGUAUCACUGUUACACCGUCAUGUUGAGUUUGAAUUUCGUGAAAAUCAGGCCAAAACUGCCGGACAAAAUGGCCGCCCCUCAUACGCAAAUAGUGUAGACAUCUGGUAAAUCAAAGUUGUGGACCCUCUAGAGGUCACAAUUUUAAUCCGAUUUCGAUGAAACUUGAAAUACAUGUUUAUAACCCAAAGAUAUUGGUUCCUUUCGAUAUUCGCGCAUAUCGGAUUGUAACUUCCUGAAUUAUGGCCCUUGAUUGAACAAAAAAUCAUGUUUUUAGCUUGUGGUCCCUGUAGAGGUCACAAUUUUUAUCAGCUUUAAAAAAAACUUGUGAAUAUAUCACCAUUACACACUAAGAUCUUGGUUCCUUUUGAUAAUCGCGGAUACCCAAACUUAAACUUCCUGGAUUAUGGCCCCUGAUUGUUAAUGAAGGUUGAAUUCGUAUUUCGGGAAAAUUGAAAUAAAACUGCCCGACAAAAUAGCUGCUCUUUGUACGCAAAUUGUGUAGAAGUGUGUAAUACGAAGGUUGUGGACACUCUAGAGGUCACAAUUUUUAUCCGAUUUUGAUGAAACUUAAAACAUAUCUUUAUAUUCCAAAGCUCACUCUCUUUUGAUAUUUGCACAUUUCAGGCCAUAACUUUCUGGAUUAUUGCCCCUGAUUGUACAAAAAAACGCAUUUGUUUUUAGCUUGUUCUCUAUCCAUCUCUUGCAAAAUGUGGGCGUAUCCUGCCUGGCAGCCGCUGGUAUGUUUUGUAAAAUCUUGUCAACCCUCCAUUGAUGUUUUCAAGUACAAAGAUUUUAUUUAUUAUUUAUCUCAUGAACAACAAUUCUACAACUUUUAUGGACUACUUGACCGACUUAGCUGAUGUGGGCUGCAUUUAAACACUGUGUGUUGUUUUUCUGAAGUUUUAUGUCAAUUUAUAUGCUGUAACAAUUACAUAUUUUAAACUGAGGUAGACCAAAGUAGAGUAUUAGAUUUUCAGUAGACUAUUGUCAAUUUCUCACAAUAUCUGUAAUUCAAAGUGUUGUGUGCAAGAAAAGAGAUUAGAAAAGGACAGAAAUGAGAACUACCAGUACUCAUAUUGAAAAGUAAGACUACGUAGAUUUUGUGAUAUGAAAAGUAGUAGGUACUAGUAGCCAUAUAUAUACCGGAAUACUGUUAGUUAUUGUUAUUCAUAUACACUGGAACCUCACUAUAACUUAUAAGGUGGCAGAGGCCUCAGUGUAUAACCUUUGAAUAAAAUGUGGUACUAGCUGGUAUAUGUAUAUAUUUGGAACAUUUUUACCCCAAAUAUAUAAAUUUAUACCUUGUUAAUGUUUAUUGCCAUUUAUGGUUAGAGCUUAUUUUAUAAGUGUAUGGUUUUCAAAAAAAUAAGAAACUCCUUAGGAUCAUAUUGAUCCAAGUUCAUGUUAAAUAUACAAUUAUUUAAUCCAAUGUUACAAGAUACUGUAUAUAUUGUCAUUGUAAAUAUUAGAAUUGUAUUUAAAGGAACUGUAUCUUUCUGAUUAGUGUAAACCAAAAUGAUGACCAUCUUGAGGAUCUUCUUUUCAGCCAGUUUCUUUUCUACUUAUAUUUUAAUGUUUGGCUGAUGACUGCUAAAACAUUCCGCAAAGCAUAUCUCAACAUUGGCUGAAUUUAAGAAUAUUCAGAUGUUACAUUAACCAAUCAAUUCUAAUAAAUUUGACAUUUUGAGAUUUUCAUAAAAACCAGCGAGAUCCUGUCCUUUUAAUAUUCAAAAUAUUUGUCACAGAAGUUUAUUUACUCACAAUGUGACUAAUCUUUCUUUCUCUAUGGGUCUUGGUCGUAGUUCAAUUCAGCUCGCAACUCAUAAACUUUAUAUUGUGAGGAUCUGAAUAGUAUUGUGAAGAAUUUAAGUGUCCCAUAAGAAAAUUUUACACAUUUUGAUCUAACUUUUAUAUCCUUGAUAGGAAAAUUUGUCCAAAGUUUGUAUAUAAAAUAUUUGUUCAAGAUCCAUUCCACCAACAGAAUCCAAAUUUCACAAGAUCCAUUUAAGUGCUGUUCAUAUCAAUAUGGGUAUUUUUAAAUGGAAUAUGCUUCAAAUACUCUCUGUUAGUUUCUUGUAUUUGUCAAUUGGGAUUUCUGAUGUUUUGAUGAUAAAUUGUCCAAGUAUCGCAUGACAGUUUAUGAUAAUUUUUCAAUUUUCAUAUGUUGGUGUAUAUUUACCGUUUCUUUUUAUGAAAUCAUUUAAUCGUUUUACACUGGAAUUUUUUUAUAUUUUUUUUGAAAACCUUAAAUUGAACAUGCUUUUUGAAAUUGAAAUUUGGCAUGGUUUCUAGAUUUGUUUAUUUUGUGACAUUUAAAUAAUGAAUUGCUGUGUGAUAUUUAAAUGUUUUAAAUCUUAUCUAAAUAAUACAAUCAGAUUAAAACACAGAUCCUAUUUCGUUUCGUUUUGUUAUAGUUCAAAAUUUCGUUUUAUUUGUCUGUACCACACUAUCUAGGAUCAAGAAGAGUUGUUAAUAACCUGCAUUCUGGAUGGCGUGAGGGAUUAGCCAAUGAAACCAUCUGUUACAGCGACUUCGAAAGUAUAAAAAAAAAAUGAAACGAAAUAUAGAUCUGUAUUUUAAUCAGAUUGCUAAAUAAUAUUGUUAUUUGGGUAAAAAGGGUUUGUUUUUUUAAAACAUUGAAUGAACAUGUAUAUAAUAAACAUUAUCUUAACCAAUUCUGUGAGUUGAUUUUUCAGAAAUGGCAUACAAUAUGUAUUUUAGUGUUAAAACUUGUAAAAUAGUGUACAUUUUCCCCAUAUUUCAAUGUUAUGACUUAUGUUAUAUAAUUUGUUGCAGCUAUGUGGAUGUAUUUAGCUGAAUAAAAAUGAAUCGUUAAAAACCCAA